CCUAUAAGGCCUGGGCGGGCCGGGCCGCGACACACACAGUCUCUGCCAUGGCGCUCAGCGAGCCUAUCCUGCCGUCCUUUGCCACCUUCGCCAGCCCGUGCGAGCGCGGCCUCCAGGAGCGCUGGCCGCGCAACGAGCCCGAGGCGAGCGGCACCGAUGAGGACCUCAACAGCGUUCUGGACUUCAUCCUGUCCAUGGGACUGGACGGUCUGGGUGCCGAGAACCCUCCGGAGCCGCCGCCACAGCCUCCGCCGCCUGCUUUCUACUACCCGGAGCCGGGCGCCCCGCCGCCCUACGGCACCCCCGCGGCAGGCCUGGGAACCGAGCUGCUGCGCCCGGAGUUGGACGCGCCCCCGGGACCGGCUCUACACGGCCGCUUCGUCCUUGCGCCCCCGGGGCGGCUGGUGAAGGCCGAGCCCCCCGAGGUGGACGGCGGCUUCGGCGGCCCCGGUCCCGCGCUGCACUACGGGCAGCCCGCGCCCGGCGCCUUCGGUCUCUUCGACGACGCGGCCGCCGCCGCGGCGGCCCUGGGCCUACCUCCCCCUGCUACCCGCGGUCUCCUCACGCCGCCCUCGUCCCCGCUGGAGCUGCUGGAGGCCAAGCCGAAGCGCGGCCGCCGCUCCUGGCCCCGCAAGCGCGCCGCCACGCACACUUGCAGCUAUGCCAACUGCGGCAAGACCUACACCAAGAGUUCGCACCUAAAAGCGCACCUGCGUACGCACACAGGUGAGAAGCCUUACCACUGCAACUGGGACGGCUGCGGCUGGAAGUUCGCGCGCUCAGACGAGCUUACCCGCCACUACCGCAAGCACACAGGUCACAGGCCGUUCCAGUGCCACUUGUGCGACCGCGCCUUCUCCAGGUCCGACCACUUGGCCCUGCACAUGAAGCGACAUAUGUAGCCUGGGUAGACCUGGCUACUCCAUGCACGGCCGUGGCGGGUCCCACGCGCCGGGCACGGUCCUUUUCAAACUGACUGCUAUUUAUUGGACCCUGAGGACGGGGCUGGGAGUGUGGCGUAACUGCCACCAGUUCUGGCCCCCAUCGUGACUGAAGGCCCCGGGGAAGAAGACAGGAGCCUGUGACGAAUGUUUUCAAAAUGGUGCAAUAAUUAAUUGACUUAUUUCCCUUGGGUCCCCACUAGAGGAUCGAGGCUAGAUGCCUUGUGAGAAAUGGCCUUUGAGUGUACUGUCCCCCGUGUCGUUUUUUAUGAUAUUGUAUAUAAGUGACUGGCAGAUUGUAUUUACUAUAAGGGAGACGAUGGCAUCUUUGCCGCCUGCUUCAUUUUUAUAAGACUUGGUGUUUUCUAAUUAAAGUUUUGAAUC